CUUUAAACUUCUCCACUCCCUCUCGAAGCCUACAUCAAGAAUGCAUAUAGGGCAGCAUCCACAUCCCAACAUCCCAGUCACCCAUAUCCACUCGCUCACCGCUUCAAAAAAAUGCCCCCCAAAAAAGCGAAAGGCGGCACCACCUCCAAAAAAGCCAAAGAAGCCGAAGCCGCCGCGCUCGCGCUUGCCCGCUUCACCGCCCUCAAACAGAUGAAAACCGACUACGGCGCCAACGCCAAAUUCUUCGUCACCGACCCUAUACCUGUUCUGGUCAAGCGCAUCGAGGGGGAGUUGAAGAAGGGGGAGGGUGGGGAGGAUAUCGACAAGUUGAUAUUGACCCAGCUGCAUCUGACACCCAACGACAUCCACUCCCUCACCACCACGUUCGAUGCGUACGCCGCGCUGAGCGGGAUCUACCUCUGGCGAGCGAAAGUCGCGCCCAAAGGGCUCGAAUCCCUGUCCGGGUUCCUCAUCUCGCACCCCACCGUCUCCACGUUGCAUCUCAUGGACUGCGGCCUCACGGCGGCCACCGCGGGGCAUCUGGCGAGGAUAUGUCGCGAGGCAAGGGGCGUGAGGGUGCUGUGUGCGGAUCAUAAUCCGUUGGGGGAGGAGGGGGUGAGGGUGGUUUUCGAGGGGAUGAGGGAGGGUGGACGGGACGGCGCGGGGUUGGUGAGGGCGAGUUUUAGGUAUUGUGAGGCGGGGGCGGGGGCGGCAGAGAUGGUGGGGGAGGUUCUGGGGGGGUGUAAGGGGUUGAUAGACCUAAACCUCGAAGGCAACUUGCUCAGCGACGCCGGGCUCCUCGCGCUCGCGCGCGCUCUGGGCACCAACACGACGCUGAAAUCACUGAGCCUCGCCACCAACCAGAUCAUCAACCGCGAUAUCUCGCUUCCGCAGCCCACCUUCACCAUCAGCAGCAGCAGCACCACCCGCGGCGGCGCCCCAACUCUGUCAACAGCAGCCCUCCCCCCGCCGCUACCCACCACCACCACCACCCGCCCAACCCCCCUGUCGACCCUCACAACCGCUCUCGCCACCCAAAACACAACCCUCACCUUCCUCGAUUUCCGCGGCAACCACAUCGGCACCCCCGGCGGCCUCCUCAUUCUCGACAUGCUCAAAUCGCGGAAAGCGCUCGUGGGGCAAAAGCAGGCGGAGGGGUUGGUGGUGUGGAUCAGUGAGCGGAUGAGCGAGGAGGUGUUUGAGGGGGUGUGGGAGUGUAAUGAGGCGAUGAUGGGAAGUGGCGGGAAGAAGGGGAAGAAGGGGAAGAAGAAGUAGGGUGAUGAAGGUGGAUUGUGGGUUUGUAGCUGUAGCUGGGAGGCUUUUUCCCGUAGACUUUUUGGGUUAGACGGGGAGUGGGGUUGUUUUCGCUUUGGCUGAG